GUCUAUAAAGGUGAAUUUCAGCUUCCUGACUUCCUCAGGGAAGUGCCACAGCCAAAGAAGACAGUAGAAAGGAAGUCUCGUGGCAAGAUAAAAUGAACGUGGAGCAGUAAAAGAGGCAUAGCUGUAGUACUGAACCUAUGGAAUAGAAGAUAAAAUGGACAUUUCUUGCACAGAAGAUCAGCUGCUGCCUUUUCCAUGGGAAGGAUCCCCCCUGGCAUCAGAGAUGUGCUGCUCUUGGCCUGCUCUCUUCAGAAUCUUCUCUCCUCUUUCUUUCAUCUGUUUUUGUUCCAAAUUUUGCUGUUGUGAGCGCAUGUAAAUCUGUUAAAAAACAAAAAAAAAAUCACAGAUGUUAAUGUAGAACUGCAUUACAUUCGCACAAUUAUUUUUUUCUUAAGGUUUUAAAAAAUGCAGAAGCAAUGCCUGUCUCUGAAAUUGCUCCUCUGUUUUAAUUACAGGGCUCCAUCUUCAGAUUUUUUUUGUUUCUUGUAGCAGUUUUGUUUUAAAUGUACAAAGCUUUCAAGAGUGGUCUGUGCUUGUCCUGGAAGAUUCUUGGUGGAAAAGUUAUUUGUUUUAUUCAUAUGUGAAAAAUGUUAAAUAUCUUUUAUUUAAAAAGAAAAAAAAGUUGAUAAAUUACAUGUACAAUUACAAUUCAAUGAUCUUUUGUAUUUUAUUUUUCAAAAUAAAUGCUUUAAAUGUGA